UGACGUUCUCUGUCGGGCGGGGUUAAUAAUACAACCCGCAAAGAAAGAAAGAAAGAAAGAAAGAAGUUUCAGAAGAGCAUAUGAGAUGAGACCGCAGUAGCAAUUCAGUCUGUCGCAGUCAAGCAUGCAGACUGCAGACAAUUUGCAACUUUUGUCUGAUAAAAAAGUUUGAUUUUUAAAACAUAUUCUAUUAUAAAAUUCCGACUUUAUUUAAAUACAGAAUCUACUACAAAGGUACGUUUGAGCCUUAUAACUUAAAUUAAGAAUGACUUUCGUGCGUUAAGGAAAUUACAUAAAUUUCAACUUUUAAAAUAUAUUUUUGUUCAAGUCCUCAAGCAGCGAAAUACUUGUUUCAGAGCAAGGACAAGACCAGGAAUUAGAAUAUACACCGAAACAAAAGAGAACGCCCACAAUUUGAAUAUCUUUACUUUAGCAUCUUAAAAAACCGUGAAUUCUUACAAGCCAUGGCAAUGAACGCACUAACCGGGCUUUCAAUGGUGAGUUUACUGAGCCUUGGCUACAUGUCCUGGGACUGGGUGAAGCCAGAUCAGAUGGAGAACGAGCCUUUCUCAGACUUCAAAGGCAAGAAACCCGAGUUCAAGCCCAGGCAGCCGCCGCAUAUUAUAUUCUUUCUGACGGAUGACCAAGGAUUUCACGACAUCGGGUACCACAGCUCGGACAUACGAACCCCCACGCUGGACAAGCUUGCCGCCGAGGGCGUCAAGUUGGAGAACUAUUACGUGCAGCCCAUAUGCACGCCGUCACGCAGUCAGCUGAUCACAGGCAGGUAUCAGAUCCACACGGGUCUACAGCACUCCAUAAUCCGCCCCCUGCAGCCCAACUGCCUGCCCCUGGACAUGGUGACCCUGCCGCAGAAGCUCCGGGAGGCGGGCUACGCCACCCACAUGGUGGGCAAGUGGCACCUGGGCUUCUACAAGCGGGCGUGCCUGCCGACGCGCCGCGGGUUCGACACCUUCUUCGGCUCCCUGACGGGCAGCGUGGACUACUAUACCUACGACUCGUGCGACGGGCCGGGCAUGUGCGGCUACGACCUGCACGAGGGGGAGGGCGUGGCCUGGGGCAGGGGGGGCAAGUACUCCACCCACCUCUACACCCAGCGGGUGCGCAAGAUCCUGGCCGCCCACGACCCCCACCGGCCCGUCUUCAUCUUUCUGUCCUUCCAGGCGGUGCACACGCCCCUGCGGCCGCCCAAGGGCUACAUCUACCCCUACCGGGGCAUCGGGAACGUGGGCAGGCGGAAGUACUCCGCCAUGGUGUCCAUCGUGGACGAGGCGGUACGCAACGUCACCUACGCCCUCCGCAAGUACGGCUACUACCAGAACAGCGUCAUCGUCUUCUCCACCGACAACGGCGGCCAGCCCUUCUCGGGGGGCAGCAACUGGCCACUGAGGGGGCGUAAGGGGACGUACUGGGAGGGGGGGGUCCGCGGCCUGGGGUUCGUCCACAGCCCCCUUCUCCGGCGGCGGCGGAGGGUGAGCCGAGCGCUGGUGCACAUCACGGACUGGUACCCCACGCUGGUGGCGCUGGCGGGGGGCAACGUCUCGCGGGCGGACGGGCUGGACGGGUACGACGUCUGGCCGGCCCUCAGCGAGGGCAGGGAGUCGCCGCGGCGGGAGAUCCUGCACAACAUCGACCCGCUCCACGUCCGCGCCAACCUCGGGUCCUGGCGGGACGGCUUCGGCAUCUGGGACACGGCGGUCCAGGCCGCCAUUCGCGUGGGCGACUGGAAGCUGCUGACGGGCGACCCGGGGCAUGGCGACUGGGUCCCGCCGCAGAUGCUGGCCAACUUCCCGGGGAACUGGUGGAACCUGGAGCGCGGCGCGGGGCCCCGGAACUCAGUGUGGCUCUUCAACGUGACGGGCGACCCGUACGAGCGCCACGACCUCUCUCGCCAGCGGCCGGACGUGGUGAAGGAGCUGCUGGCGCGGCUGGCCCACCACAACCGCACCGCCGUGGCCGUGCGCUACCCAGACGCGGACCCCCGGGCCAGCCCCGACCUCAACGGGGGGGCGUGGGGGCCCUGGGCGGGGGACGAGGACGAGCGGGAGAGGGAAGGCAACGAUUUUGGCGGGGCUCCACGCAGAAAGAACUGGAGCAAGAGCAAGAAUAAAAAGAACAUCAAGAAGAAAAAGAAAUGCAAAAUUUGCAAACUGAGAUCCUUCUUCAGAAAGCUGAACACCAGGAUUAUGUCCAACAGGAUAUAAGGGGAAAAUGGUAUCACCACAGUGAUGCAUUCACUGAGCCGGAAAAUGUGCACAUUUAUUUGAAAACUUUGAAGGGGAACACUUGCCUGCGUUUACUUAAUAUUAUCUCUUUCCAGCAUUAGUUUUUUUGCAUAACAGAUUGCCACACCAGGUGUUUUUUUGCUGGGUUUUUUUAUCUCACUAUCUGGUGUUUCAGUCACGAUAUCUUCCUUUUAUUGAUGUUCUUUUCACCUUUCUUCUGUGUUUGUGUCCCACUAUAUUUCGGUUUUGAACCACUCACAUUUGAUUUAGAGAUCCAUCUUCCUAUUGUGGUGUUCCUUGACUUUUGGCUUCAGAGCACUAGACGCUGAACUCUGUAGGAGCAGAGCUACUGCUUUGUGGAAAUCGGUCAGUUCCCAGAGCUCUGAAGUACUAGCUCUUCGUAUAACCUGCAACAAUACCUCUGUAGCAGUUGCUAUGCAACUCAUUAGCGCUGUUACUGCGUCUCUGCAGCUCUGUAAUCAUAGCUCUUUAGCGAUAACCCUUUGACUCUGUGCAGUAGGUGUGCAUUAAAAAAAAAAAAUAACAAAGAAAACAAGGAUCAUUAAAAAGUAGCAAUUCAAAGGCUAAGGGGGCAACACACAGUUAAAAGCGAAGAUGUAGCAAUCACUCUGUCUCCCCACCCCCUCAGCAUUUUGUUUUGUACUUGACAGCACUUUUGUACUUGACAAAAUAAUAAAAUAAAAAAUCAUUGGUAGGAUAUGCAAA